AUGUCCAUUAGAGCUCCUUCGUCCCGCGCGGGCAGCGGCAUCUGCAACAGCGCCAGCAUUGGAGUGAAAGGGACGGCUGGCGGUCGCCGGCCAAGCCCCGCCCGCAAAGCAUCACAUCAUAGACCAGACAAAAUGUUCGCUGUGAUGCAGAUCGACGAAGAUCACACGCGGGAUUUCAGACGCAAGCUGCGUCCGAAAUGCGAGUUCGUGUGCAAAUACUGCCAGCGGCGCUUCACCAAGUCUUACAACCUGAUGAUACAUGAGCGGACCCACAAAAGCCCGGAGCUCUCCUUCAGCUGCGAGGUGUGUGGGAAGAGCUUUAAGAGGCAGGACAACUUGCGCCAGCACAGGUUACUCUACAAUGUGAAUUUAGUACAAUACCGCUAA